GGGGUGGAGAGGAGGGCAGAGACAGACAGAGGGCAGGACUGGCAGGGUGCGGCUGCUUCAGUAGCAUCUGAGCUCGGGUCACUUCCAUUUCCAUCUCGACUGAGAGCCGCGUGCCACAGCGCAGUAGUCAAACAGCCGAGCCAGGAGCCAGAAACCGCUGCGGGACGCGCGCUCUGACCGCGGCUCUGCGCAACUAGGACCCGCCUGCAGGCGAUUCUAAACGCGCUUGCCAAGAUAAACGGAACUUCUCUAUUUAUUCCCCCUGUCUCCGCUUGGACUGAGAGAAAGCGAGUUUUACAGACCUGAGAGGAGGACCGACGAGCUGGCACCAGCCUCGCCGCCUGAGGAACCCUACGUUUGCCGGGGUGUCUUUCCUUGCGUAAAAGGAUGGUGAGCGCCAGGUGUCCUAAUAGACUGGUCCUCCUCCCCCUUCGGUGAUCUUGCGCGGGGACUGAAGCUGAGAUUGGGGGGAGGAGGGUCGCUUUAUCAUCAUUUUCACCAUCUUUGACACUCCAUCUUUUGGAGUGCCCGCUGGCAGCGGUUGGCAUGAGACUCUCCACAGCGGCGGCGCUCCUCACCGGCUUCAUCUUGGCUUUCUCGCCGGCGUACGACAGCUGUGGACCGGGCAGAGGUUACGGCAAGAGACGGACUCCAAGGAAACUCACGCCUCUCGCCUAUAAGCAGUUCAGUCCAAACGUUGCCGAAAAAACACUGGGAGCCAGUGGGAGAUAUGAGGGGAAGAUAACCCGCAACUCCGAGCGCUUUAAAGAGCUCACACCCAACUACAACCCAGACAUCAUCUUCAAGGAUGAGGAGAACACAGGUGCGGACCGCAUGAUGACGCAGCGCUGUAAGGAUAAGCUGAACUCCCUGGCCAUCUCAGUGAUGAACCUGUGGCCUGGCGUGCGUCUGCGUGUGACGGAGGGCUGGGAUGAAGACGGCCAUCACUCUGAAGAGUCUCUGCAUUAUGAGGGCAGGGCGGUUGACAUCACUACCUCGGACCGCGACCGGAACAAGUACGCCAUGCUGGCCCGUCUGGCAGUGGAGGCCGGCUUCGACUGGGUCUACUACGAAUCCAAAGGCCACAUACACUGCAGUGUCAAAUCAGAGCACUCAGUAGCAGCAAAGACGGGGGGCUGUUUUCCUGGAGGGGCUCUGGUGACGAUGGAGGACGGCACUCACAGACCAGUCCGAGACCUACGAGCAGGAGACCUCGUUCUGGCCUCGAUGGGAAGUGACGGGACUGGCGAGCUCGUCUACAGCAAAGUCCUCGCCUUCCUGGACCGUAGCCCCAUUACCCAGAAGCACUUUUAUGUGAUAAGCACUGAGGAUGGGGCCAGCGUCUCCUUAACGCCAGCUCAUUUACUGUUUGUCUGGGUUGGAAACUGUUCCAGCGGGGGCCAGCCAAAGCCUGGAUCCCUCCGGACGAUAUUUGCCAGUGAUGCCCAGCCAGGGCAGUGUUUGCUGAUCGUGGAUGAAGGAGAUCUUAGGAAGCGUGUUUCACGGAUCACUCGAGUGGAGGUGCGGGAGGACCGAGGGGCUUACGCCCCACUUACUGCCCAUGGGACUUUGGUGGUGAAUGGAGUGAUGACCUCAUGCUACGCUGCGGUGAAUGAACCACGGCUAGCUCACCGGGCAUUUGCACCUCUACGCCUGUUGUACAGCUGGACCGGACCGGAUCGGAUCCUCAAUAACGGCUUACACUGGUACUCUCAGGUCCUACUCAGUGUGGGAACACUACUGCUAGACUCAGAACUCUUCCACCCGUGGGCCUUAGAAGAUCACCAAAGAUGAUGAAUUGAAAACAAACUCAGAGAAGAGUGAGUGGUGGGAAAUGAUUGAACGCUCAGGGUUUAUGACUUAAAGGAAUAGUUCACCUAGAAAUGAUUCCUAUUAAUUACAUGAAUUACUCCCCCCCCAUGUCGUUCCAAACCCGUAAGACCUUCAUUCAUCUUUGGAACACAAAUGAAGACAUUUUUAAUGAAAUCCAAGAGGUUUCUGACCCUGCAUAGACAGCAACACAACU